GUCCAUAGUUACCAUAGCAACACACAACACGUUGUCAAGCACUCGAAUGGACUACAGAUUCCCCGAUACGCUUUUUAACGAACACAAAUGGAAUAAAUUCUUGUUGUCGGAAAAUGGUCAAAAUUUAAGCAGCCAUGUUAGCUGAGUCUGAGGGUUCAAAGCCAUUUGGAUCAGAAGCACUCUGGAAGUCUUCUCUCAUUGAAAAUCAUGUUAAACAGCGUGCAGUAACCCACCUAAAGCACCAGCGGAGUGCACCCGGUCCAAAAAUCUGCUUCCUGGGAUUGGAAACGAAGCCUGAGCUGCUUUGGGAGGAUUGGGAUGAAGACAGGGAAUUCACCAAGUCUCUAACAUUAAAGAAUGUAGGCCUCAAGCUCCAGAAACUUCAUAUAAGACCUCCACUGACCAAAUUCUUCAGCGUCUCCACUUACCGCAACGUCGCUGUGAGCCCAGGGACGACCUUGUCCAUCCCAGUCACCUUUCGACCUGUAGGGAAGUGCAACUACGAGGACAGCAUUGAGUUGCAGGGUAAAGACAGCAGCUUUCAAGUAUUCCUUAGGGCUGUCGUUCCCUCUCCGGCUCUAGAAGUGCCAGAAACUGUGCUCCUUCCAAUCUGUGCGGUAGAUCAGUCUACUUCUGCGAUUUUUCAACUGAAGAAUCUCAGCAAACUCCACACUUACUUUGAAUGGGAGUGUCCUGAACCUUUUCAAGUGAGUCCAGAGGAAGGUGUGCUAAAGCCCAGCCAGGAGAUUCAGCUCAUGUUCCUGUUCCAUCCUAAGCAUGCGCUGUGGUACAACAAACACGCCUUUUGUCAUUUUGGAGAGGAAGGAGAGAAAAUUGACUGUUGCGCUACAGUGCUUCUUCAGGGAGUGGCCAAGUACCCUUGUCUUCAAUUGAGAAACCCAUAUUCUAAAGCCGAGUUACAAGACGACGGUCCUGUGCUGAACUUUGGUUCUGUCGCAGUUGGACAAAGUUUAGAAAAAUGUUUUGAGAUCUAUAAUCCCUCUCAUGUCGCUGCGUCUUUCUCCCUUGCCCGACUCCCUGGAGGUGUGCCCUUGUUGGGGUCUGACUUUGUCUGUGAUGUCAGCAGCGGUAAAGUCGCCUCAGGCACUAGCAUUUCAGCGAAAGUCAGCUUUGCCCCUACUAUUGCUGAUUCCGUCUCUGUUGAGUAUUUGACUUUAGAAUGCAGAGGGGCCCUCAACAAAACAGUGCUUAAGCUCAUUGGAAACUGUGCAGGUCCCAAGCUGUCUUUUUCUUCAUCGGUGGUUGACUUUGGCUGUGUUGAAGUGGGAGCCACAGUGUCGCAGACUAUCUUUAUGGUCAGUUCUUCAUCCAUUCGUGCCACCUAUCAAUGGGACCUUGACUGUGCUGGACACAGUGUGUUCAGCAUCCAACCACAUUGUGGCACUAUACCCCCAAAGGGCUGUGUAACGUUGACAAUCAUCUACCACCCCACUGUACCUAUUGCCCAUUACAGAAGUGUGCCUUGUUUGAUACUGCACGGGGAGCCUUUGUUCCUCAACCUAAUUGGAACCUGUCACUCAGAUCUCCACAAACCAGCUGUACUCAGACCAGAACAUUUGGAGGACGCCGAAGAGGAUCAGUCAGAUAUCUUUAGCGUUCUGCUACCAAACUACAGCACACAAUUAGAUCCACAAGCAUUCUGCGUAUCUGUGAAUGAGAAGGCAAGUAGGCAAGAAAGCUCGAGUUUGCGGUCAAUGACUUCCAGGGAAGACAUUGAACAAACUGUCUCAGCGGAGAUGGAUACACCCAGUUCGUCUACCCCAUGCACACGUGUGUCGGUGACACCAAGUGAGCUGCUGUUUAUUCACAUCAAAUCAUCCUUCUCAUCCUUGUCCACUCCAUGUCCACCAUCCCAGGGUGUGGCCAUCACCAAUCACUCUCCUGUCAAAGUCACCCUGGUGUGGACCAAUUCGUCACACUCUCCAUUUUCCAUCUCUCCUUCAACACGUGACCUGUCACCACUGAAGUCCACCUCAUUCAGAGUGACAUACAAACCAAAGGAACUAAAUACACUGCAUGCAGCUCAGCUUGAGUGCAUGGCUAUUAAAGAACAAAAUGAAUCUUAUGAAGAUGACGAACAGAUAUGUACACCCUGGUGUGUCAUUGUUCGAGUCAUUGGCCACUCUUUUGAGAAUGGCAAAGACCACUUCUACCCGCAUUGCUCUCUUGAGCCAAAUACAGUGGUGUUCGCAGGCCUCAGUGUUCGAUCCUAUCAGACUUUGCUGCUCACCAAUACCGGAACGCAACCCCUCACUUUCUGUCGAAACCUAAAUGACUGCUUGGACCCGGCCUUGGAAGCAUCUGUGUCAUUAGUGCCGAGGUGUGGCUUGGUCCUGCCUGGUAAACAUCAAAUCCUCACUAUCAUAACAACUCCUAAAGAAGACCUUCCGCAAGAGGGAAUUAACCUAUGCCUUCAUCUCAAUUUUGACAAAUACACAAAGGAAAUUACUGUUUUUAGCUUAUUGGAAAAGAGCUGUGUGUCACUCAUGGGCGGCGAUACUUUAUAUUUCCAAGAUACUUCUGUAGGUUCACCCACUCAGCAGACCCACCUCAUCAGGAACGUCUGCCGCAUACCUCUAGGCUUCAAAUGGAACAUUCGUUGGUCAGACCAAGAGAUUAUCUCAGUUGAACCAGAAGAUGGCGAAAUGCAAGCCAAUGAGAGUGCGAAGCAAACAUGGACCUUCAAGCCAAUGGAAGAGAAAACAUACAUACUUGAACCUAUACUCACCUUCUGGCCAAUCCAGGACCGCGAUUGUAAUAAAUCUAUUCUAACUCUAAAAAUAGUGGGGAAAGGCACAAAAGGCUCUAUACAGGCGCUUAAAGACUUCAUAGACAUGGGAGACACCCUGGUUGGACAUUCUCAGUCAGUUGAUGUUCCUCUGGUGAAUAACAGUACAUGUUCCAUCUCCUUCACUGUCUCAGUUGAACAGAUACUACAAUAUGAGCAAUUUCAUCAGGACCUUCAACCUCCAACAGUUGCCCUACAACUUGAUUGCGAGGGCGGAACCGUGGCGGCCCGCUCAACAUUCACGCUCCGAGCUUCAUUCAAACCAGAUCGACAAUCCCAGUACAAGUGGACCAUCAGCUACCAGACAUUGAGUUUUAUUGGCGAACUGUUGUCUCCUCUCCAAUCACUGUGUGAAGUACACGGCAAGGGUGUGUUCCCCACAAUGCAGGUGACCGACGUGAGCAGUGGUGGUGGCGCGGCUUGGCUCAGCAAGACGUAUGUAUGGGAGCUCCUCUCAGUGGACAGCCUCAAUGCACAGCUACUUUCCAUACCUGCCCCUGUGGAGCACACUUACAGAAGCCCAAGUCAGCAUAGUAUGCGCACGUACCCAACAACCUUAAUCAAAGCCAUGCUGGAUUUUAACUUCAGUGCAUCUCCCCUGAAUUCAGAAACUUCUACUUUUACACUAGUGUUUUACAACCCUGGUAGCAUCCCUGUUGAGUGGACAAUCUUGUUUCCAGACGACCAGCAGGUGGACUUCAAGCAAUGGAGCCAGGGUGAAGAGAUAUGUCACAAUGAGCUCGAGCAGAUGCAGGUGGUGGACCUUUUCAGUGUUUCUCCCCUGUCAGGAACUUUGCUUUCUGGCCAGCAGAAGUCAGUACAGAUCAGCUACAGCCAUGUUGUUGCUGGGACACAUAAGUUGCCAAUCAUAUUGAAAAUCUCACAUGGCAGAGAGAUUUUGCUGCACUUCCAUGGGGUGACAGUGGAACCACAGACACCACAUCUGUAUUUUUUAUCCAAGCAUCAUGUUUUCACUCCUAUAAUGAUAGGGGGUUUAACUCCUCCAGUGCAGACGUACGACCUUUACAAUGGCGGUGAUGUUCCUGUCCAUUACGAAGUAGACGCAGAAGUGCUGUCGCAGCUACAAGAGCACAAUUUCAAUCAGCCGCUUUUGUGUUGCCUCAACCCGGUUGGAGUCGUCCUCCCUGGGAUGAUGGCAAAGCUGGAAUUUAUUUUCUCUCCACUGGAGGCCAAAAUGCACUAUAUGGACGUUCCUAUUCACAUCCGACAUGGCGAUACAACAGUGGUGAGGUUUGACGCCUGCGGCUUUGGUACUCAAACGGAUGUGUUCCAAAUCAAUCAUGCCGAACCUCUACCCCGCGUACGGAGGAUACCCCUUCCCCAGCAGUUUGCAUUUCUGUCUGUGGACAGUAUGUCGCUGGGUGAAAUCCCUGUGUGCUCCCAAUCUUCAAGAAUCUUCUUCCUUACUAACAUGUCAGCAAAAGAAAUCUUCUUCAAGUGGUGCUUGACCCAGGUGAUCCGGAUCCAGCCUAAACGAGGCCUUGCCCGUCCUGGAGAAAGCAUCUCUUGUGUGCUGACUUUCACGCCAACUGACUACCCAGCUAUUUAUCAUCUAGACAUCAUUUGUCAGCUGACUCAGCAAGCCGCACUAGUUCAAUAUUCAGACGCUCUGCAGCAGUGGGAGCAGGAGCGAGAGCAGCAGCGGAAUGAAUUCACCAUCACUGAGAGAGACCUUGCUGAAAGCCCAAAAUUUGUGACUGAUAAGAAGCCUAUCAUUCCCCCUCAAACUAAAGGAUCAUCACUAGGCAAAUACAAGACUCUUCCACCUAUUUGUAGCAAGAUCGCACGGGCAGAGCAGAGGGCUCAGAAUGAGGCUGUAAAAUUAGGCAAACGUCCCACACCGCCUCGACCUACGCUGCUACACCUUGAAUUGAAGGCGCGCUCCUAUCGGUCACAAGAAUACCUCCGAUACUUCCCUGACAACUUCAAUAAUCACUAUAGGUGCUUCCAAACCGUCAAGCCUUUGAGACCUAAAAUGUUGUCCGAGACACUUCUUCAAGAGGGCCGACCGUCGCAGACACUCGGCCCUGAGCGAAAGUUCCUUGAGCAUGUUAUCACCUCUCUGCUCAGGAGCGUACUGGAUGAUGAUGCCUUCACUCAAUCUCUGCUUACUAUAGCAUCCAAACCCCUCUUCUACAAGCCUAAAGUCAUCUUCUCGGCUCCGGCACCAGUACCCCAACCUCUAAUUCCAUUGGUGGAGACAAAUCCUGAACUUCACGUUCGCGCUGACAGCGUGGGAAUGGCGGGCAGCUCGAGCAUGAAGCUGAAAAUUCCACCACGGGUUGAACACAUACCGGUGGGCGUCUUCAAUGACAUUUUACUUAACACAAUCCAGAAUUUGAUGGUGGAGGUUGUCAGAGGGGAUUGGGACCUCAUGGAGCAGUUCAGCAUGUCCUCACCAACUAUUUCAUCUAGAUCUAAGAGGCAAUCCGUGGCCAAAGUCAAGAAGGAAGACAAAGAGACAAUCCAAAGCAUACCAACAACAGCUGAUUCUGAGGCCUCGCCACCAGCAGAACAGCAAACACAAACAAGUUAAAUAUAAAUUUGACCAUAAUUGGUCUGAACAUGUCUCCUCAUGUGAUAUAUAGGCCCUAUUGGCCAAAAUCCAGCAAGUAUCUGCAGAAUUGGUUGUUUUGGUACUGGCCAUUGCAGUUAGGUUUGCAAAUGUAGUUCAAUAAUGUAUUUUAUUGAAAUCCGUGAAAAAAUGUAUUACAUGAGAUGUUGUUCUUUUAAAUAGUAAUUGUUGUACAUAUAGUAAAUAAACAUUUUUCAUCAUUUUUUAAAAGUGUGCUAC